ACCAGAACUACACCGAGGCGGGCAACAUCAUCGCAUCAUUUCAUGUCCCGCUUGUUUCAUCACAUAGCAAUACUUCGUUAACCAACGCCCCCCUAGUUCAUUCCAUUCCUUUUGAUUUGGGGAAUCAACCAUGGCCGGCACCCAAGAAACAACGCGUUUAGAGCCUGAGAAACAGAGGCUCCUCAAACACCACACCGAGAAGCACUUCACCGCCGGCGAGGUCGUCCGUGAUAUCAUCAUCGGCGUUUCAGAUGGUCUCACCGUUCCUUUCGCUCUUGCCGCUGGCCUUUCCGGCGCCAAUGCCUCCUCCUCCAUCGUCCUCACCGCCGGCAUCGCGGAAGUCGCGGCCGGCGCCAUCUCCAUGGGUCUCGGCGGUUAUCUUGCGGCAAAGAGUGAAGCCGAUCAUUAUGCGAGAGAAUUAAGGAGGGAGCAAGAAGAAAUCGUGACUGUGCCUGAUAUUGAAGCGGCUGAGGUAGCGGAAAUACUGGCACAGUAUGGAAUAGAAUCACACGAAUAUGCACCUGUGGUUAAUGCUCUUAGAAAGAGGCCACAAGCAUGGCUAGAUUUCAUGAUGAAGUUUGAGCUGGGAUUAGAGAAACCUGAUCCAAGGAGAGCAUUACAUAGUGCGGUGACCAUUGCUGUUGCAUACGUAUUAGGAGGACUUGUGCCUCUUGUGCCUUACAUGUUCAUUCCAAAAGCUACAGAUGCUGUUGUGGCAUCCGUUGUUGUCACUUUGGUGGCUUUGCUCAUCUUUGGCUAUGCCAAGGGACACUUCACUGGCAACAAGCCCUUCAGAAGUGCACUCCAGACUGCUCUCAUCGGCGCCAUUGCCUCCGCCGCCGCCUUUGCCAUGGCCAAGGCCAUCCACCCUUAGAUUGUUAUUCCUUUGCCCACUCUGUUUCACUUUAAUUUGUCCCCUGCUUUUACAUUUGAAUUCGAAUUUUGCAUUCUAAAGACGACUUUGGUUGGUUCAAUCGUUACCACUUUGUAAAUUACAUGGUAGUUCUCUUACCAAUGUUGUUCAAUGGAGCUAGAAUUACGGGUUCAUGGUGGGUUGAAUUA